UAGUUUAAUGGAAUUGUAUAUCAAUUGAAGGAAAUUCUUGUCGACAGACCAUAAAAAAUAUUGAGGAAAGUCAGCUUUGAGCUAUAUAAGGUAAGCUAGAAUCAAGGAAGUGGUACAGAAUGAAGAGGAAAAUGGAGGAAAGAUCGGGGUUAAGGUCUGCCAUUGAAGAGCUGUCCACUUUACCCAAAGUUGAAGCAGCACAGUAUGAUCUGGAUGCUGCUCGUAUCCCAACCAAGCCCUUUCUUCAUGUCUGCACCUUGAUUCUUCAAGUUCUCGACAAGAUAGGUCCAACUAUGGCUGUCCUUCGACAAGACAUUCAUCAAAAUAUCCAGAGAUUGGAGGUUCUUUGCGAAUCCAAUCCGACAAAGUAUUCAAACAUGAUUGAGAUAUUGAAAAAAGAAGACAGUGAAGGCAGUGCGAGAGAUUCUACCAGCUGCAGUAGAGCCAUUCUCUGGCUUACCAGGUCAAUGGAUUUCAUGGUAGUUUUGUUACAAAGAUUGGUGAAGGAUCCAUGGCAGGAAAUGGAACGAGCAGUUGAAGAAUCCUAUAAUGUUACUUUGAAGCAAUGGCAUGGAUGGGUUUCAUCGGCUGCUUUUAAGGUGGCGCUAAAACUCGUCCCUGACAAUGAAACAUUCAUUACUCUCCUUAUCACAAAUGAUCAAAACUGGGACAACCUUAGAGAGGACAUGCAGACCUUGGUUGCAUUACUUGUUCCUUUACUAGAACAUAUCCACUCCAUCCUGGGAGCUUAUCGACUGGACCGGUUGAAGUCUACCUGAGGAGAAUAUAUGGGGAUCAAGAAGG